AUGCUGCACGGCACCAACGCUGUCACCCUCCCAAUCGCCACCGCCAUCUUUGUCGUCACCAUCAAUUUUGUCCGCGGCAUGCUCAUCGCCGCCCGCUUUCCUCACAGCCUACGCAUGCAAAGGACAAACAACGGUUCCGACGGGGACGACUUUGACCCGAUGUACGUGGUCGGCGUCUCGCUCGCCGCUCUGUCCGCGCUCAUCUCGAGCGUCGCUUUGCUCAUCAUGAAGCGUUCGGCGGACACCGAGGCCGGCCUCCCGCUGCGCCCGAGCUGCACGCACCGCUGGCGACGGCUCUGGUGGCUUGGCUUCCUCAUGAAUACCGGGUCCGAGGUCAGCCUGUCGGUCGUGGCGCUGGGCAUGGCGCCGAUCUCGGUGAUAGCACCGAUCUUUGGGCUCGCCAUCGUCUUCAGCGCCGUCCUCGCGCGCCUGGGCUGGGUGCCGGGCGUCAAGGAGUCCCUCUCCCGCGCCGAGUGGGCCUCCAUCGUCGUGAUUGUGGUGGGGAUCGGCCUGUGCAGCGCCUUCGGGCCCUCAACGGAGCACGAGAUCGCGUUCGAAGACAUCGGCAAGUACUUUGGGCGCGCGUCCUUCCUCGGCUACGCCUGCCCCGCCGCCGCCUUCGUCCUCUUCUGGGUCGCCGUGCUCCUCCCUCGCUCGCCCCUCCUCUGGCUGCGACCAGGCUCCAGGCAGCACACGAUCAACCACUCGAUCACGCGCUGCUCUGAUUCGGACCAGGCCAUCAUCCACCGCUGGCUCGGCAAGGGAGACACGUCUGUCUUCAGCGACGGGGUGACCCGCCCUCGCCGAGGGAGCGGCCUCCUCUUCGACGAGUUCACCUGCCUCGCCGAGAGCGAGUACAAGCUCGCCGUGUUCGUCACCGCCCUCCUCCUCACCGUCGCCGGCGUCGCCCUCCUCUCCUCGCAGCAAGAGGGCGCGCGCAGCAGGGGCGGCGCAGCGAGCAGAGGCGGCGCCGACGGCUCCUCGGUCGGCCCCGAGCCGUCGGGGUCCUCCGCCUCCGCCUUCGUGCCGUUCCGCAGGUCUUCGCGCCGCGACUCCGCCUCGAUGCGGCUCGUGCGCGAGGUGCCGGGCUCGCCGCAGGCCAAGGCCGCGGGCCACUUCCGCGAGCGGGGGAGGGGCAUCGAGGAGAUCCAGCUCCGGCACCGGAACUCCUUCGACGGCUGCUCCCAGGGGUCCAGCUCCUUCGUGGUGUAA